AUGGCUGAAUCGGAAUCAACCCCAGAAAACAACUCGGCCGAGCAAAAUUCGGACCCGGUUACAUCGCCAGGACAAGGUCUGGGAGUGUCAAUCGCGGCAGCACCGUUGGAAGUCGACGAUAAUUCUAGCAUUGCCGACGAUGCGUCUACUAUUGACGACCGAAUCUCUUCGUACACAGCAUCUUUGACAUCAAGCGUUUUAGACUACCCAGAAGAAUAUGGACGUACAUAUCAUGCUUUCCGGGCAGGAUCAUACAACUUCCCAAAUGAUGAGAGAGAGAUGGAUCGUCUAGACUUGACGCAUACAAUGGUUGUUAAGACCAUCGGCAACAAACUCUUUCUAGCCCCCAUUGACUCUGAGACGACGCAUCGCAUUCUGGACGUCGGAACCGGCACUGGAGUCUGGGCUAUCGAGAUUGCCGAUGUGUUUCCCAAUGCCGAAAUCAUUGGAAACGACUUGAGCCCAAUCCAACCAGCAUGGGUGCCGCCUAACGUCAAGUUUGAGAUUGACGACGUCGAAAGCGCAUGGGUUGUCAACGAGAAAUACAAUUUUAUUUUCACGCGAUACAUGGCAGCCUCCAUAGCAAACUGGCCGAAACUCGUUGGCAGAGUUUACAAAAACCUAGCGCCGAAUGGAUGGGCAGAGUUUCAAGACAUGAGUGUGCUCUACGCAUGUGAUGACGGGACUCUCACUGAGGAGCAUGCGAUCAUGAAGUGGGACCGUCUGUUCAUCGAAGCUUGCAAGAAGCUGGGCCGCGAAGACUCCCCGGGCCCGAAACUCGAGGGCUGGGUCCGCGAGGCUCCCUUCAAAAAUGUCGUUCAUCAUCACUUCAAGAUCCCUCUGGGCCCAUGGGCCAAGGACGAACACAACAAGGAUAUCGGGAUGUGCAACCUUGCUCAAACCCUGGAGGGUCUCGAUGCCUUUACCUUGAAGCUGUUCAUCGGCGUUCUGGGGUGGACCAGAGAGGAAGUGGUUGUUUUGCUUGCCCAAGUUCGCCAGGAGUUGAAGACUGGGGCCUUCCACGCAUAUCUGAACUAUCACGUUGUCUACGGGCAGAGGGUUGACGAUGAGGAGAACUCAACUGAGGCGCAGUAA